UCUUUGGACCUCGCCAUUUUCAGGGAGGCAUCUCACUCCUCCGGACUUGCUGCUCCCGAGGAUCGACACUUUCAAGGCAUCUCACUUUGGAAUAAGAUUUUCUUUUUCUUCAUUCGUUUCCCUCUCCUCCGUAUCUUUGUGUUUUUUUUUUAUACUCGAAACUGUUAUGUGACUUUUUUCCCUUAAUAGCCUCGCUCGUUUUUUAACAGCUGAUAUUUCGACGAAGUCCUAUAAAGUCUGCGCGCAACCAAUGAUGACAUCCAAAGAAGUGGCCAAAUGUGGUGCAGUGGAAAACAGGAGGCGAAGUCCGCUGGACCACUUGCCGCCUCCUGCCAACUCCAACAAGCCGCUGACCCCUUUCAGCAUCGAGGACAUCCUCAACAAACCGUCUGUGAAACGAAGUUACACAAUUUGUGGAACAGCUCAUCUAAUUUCGUCCUCGGAGAAGCACCGUCCGUCCAGCAUCCCUCUGUCCAGCCGGGCUCUGCUCACCCAAACCUCCCCGCUCUGCGCGCUGGAGGAGCUGGCCAGCAAGACCUUCAAGGGGCUGGAAGUCAGCGUUUUACAGGCUGCGGAAGGCCGGGACGGGAUGACUCUGUUCGGCCAACGAAGCACCCCGAAGAAGCGCCGGAAGUCUCGGACGGCGUUCACCAACCACCAAAUCUACGAGCUGGAGAAGCGCUUCCUGUACCAGAAGUACCUGUCCCCCGCAGACCGGGACCAGAUCGCACAGCAGCUGGGCCUGACGAACGCGCAGGUCAUCACGUGGUUUCAGAACCGGAGGGCCAAGCUAAAACGGGACCUGGAGGAGAUGAAGGCCGACGUGGAGUCGGCCAAGGCCAUCGGCCAGGUACCCUUGGAUAAGCUUGCCAAGCUGGCGGACCUGGAGAAAUGCGCCAACGGCACGCUGGGCCACCCUCGAGGCGAGUCCCCCACGCGGGGCGGCCAGCAGGAGCACGAGCUCGCUCAGAAACUGCGGACGUCGCCGCUGUCUCCCUUCUCAGACCACACAACUAGUAAAGAGUGCUCGGAGGACGAGGACGUGGAGAUUGAUGUGGAUGACUGAUGGCGCAGCGUGGAGCUGGAGAGGAAACACAAAAGACGAUAAAAGAAAAAUCUCUACCGAGGACUUGUAACUUACUGCUUAUAUUGUACCAUAUCUCAGAACAUGUACCAAAAUGUAAUGACUUUUAUAUCGGCACAGAUAGACCUAUUCAUAGUGAAGCAUGAACACUGAACAAGAAAUAUGCAGUGGUAUUUUACAAUGUACUCAUUAGCAAACUGUUACUUCUUGCAAUCAAAGCAAUAUGGUCUAAAAUGACGUGAGUAACUUAUUAUUUUUUUACACUAAAGGCCAACACACACACACACACACACACACACACACACACACACACACACACACACACACACCUGUUCCUGUUUCACAUGGCCUAUAUGCUCACACACCACAGUUCAAGCGCUCCAGUUUUUUUUCCAUAUUUUCUUGCAUGUAAAUGCAUGAUUUGA